AUGUUCUCUCACAGCUCGUUUGCUCUUUGUUGUUUUGCAUUAAUUAAUGGUAUUGCUCUAUUCUAUUUUGAUUGCUUCCCUAAUUUUAAUUAUUCUUUACCCGAAUUCAACAAAGCCACAAUUAUUUCAAUCCACAACAAAUUAAAUUUAUUUUUUAUGGUAUUAUUAUUUCUUCUAUUCUUCAUACUUAUUGGAUAUCUGCUUUGGAUCAGUCUUUCAAUAAUUAUUUCUUCAGAAAAUCAUGUGGGGAAGGGCUUUUUUGUAAUUGUUACUUUAAUUUGUUUUGUUGUCGUUCUGUGGAUAUAUUUUAGUGUUGUGUAUUUAAUUUUGAUGGAUUAUUUCAAAAAGAAUGAGGUUGAUGUGAAAAAGGAGGAGGAAAAGUUUGUUAUUAGAUAUGUUUGCACUAAUGGUGGAAGAGAUUGUCAUUAUGUAACCUGA